AGCUCGCCCGAGAUUUCCCGUCCGCUCGGCCCCAGGAUUAUCCCUGAAAUUCGUUAUGAAUUCAUUCAGGGGUAUACUACGCCGCACGGAUUGAGCUGCGUUUGGUACUGCCACGGCGGUCUUCUGUCUUGACAGCUGGUAAUUAUUAAUGAGAUUAACUCGCUCAUUUCGAGUGGAAUGUAUAGGUGGAGGGAAACGCAGGAUUGCUCGGUCGUCUCUAUUUUUGGGUGUCGCGGCGCCGUUCUGCUUUAUUCAUGCGCCUCAAUAAUUUUUAUGCUCGCUCAUUAAUUCGGCUCCAUCUUUACGGUGGUCGUUGAAAAGCACGCCGUUUUCCUCGCAAAUGCGAAUUAAAAGGCGUUGCACUUUGACUUACGACUCCUCGCGACAGGGAAAUCCAGUUAAGCAGCGGGCCACGUGGAAUUACCGGAAUUUCUCGACCGAAAGCUUCAAAGAUGAAGAGCACUCGACUUGCUACGGAACGAACGCUUUUAGCACCUUACUUUGGUAAAGUAAAGAGAGAGGAUAGAAAGAGAAAGAAAACUUUCAGUCGUGAAAAAUUUUUAACUGGCGGGGUAAAAGGAAGAAUGUCGCGGGAGGUCAGUUCCCACAAGAAUGCGCCAGGAUGGAGGCGCCGGAUGUCAAUCCGCGGAUAUUGGGUUAGAUUCUUUCAGAUGCCUCGUUUUCUCUCAACUGACAACCAAUCGAAAUAUCCUUCGGUAUAAAGAAGAAGAGAAUUGUUGGCGAGAUCGCCGCCAGUCGUCGAGGAAACUGGGUGAAAAUUACGAAUCGUGGACCGGAGGGUGCGCGAGCGCCGCCGAGCGAUGGAUUUUAUGUUGCUGCUCCUCGUGAUGCUGCUGAGACAAGAGGUCGCUGCUCUGAAGCUACUUCACAUAAAUGUUCCGGCGUACACCCUCAGGGGCAGGAGCGCGCUUCUAGAAUGCAGAUAUGAUCGGGAGAGAGACCGUCUCUAUGGUAUCACAUGGUACAAGGACCACGAGGUAUUCUACAAAUACGUACUCCGAGAUAAAAAUCCCCACGUCUAUGACGUCAGUGGUGUUAAAGUUGACAAAUCUCACUCGGACGAUCAGAAAGUGACACUGCAGGACGCAAACCUCCAUGCCAGCGGCGUGUACAAAUGCGAAGUUAACGGAGAGGGGCCGAGCUUUAACACAGUCAGCGCCGAGGCGAGAAUGGAGGUCAUAGCACUACCUCAAGAAAGGCCAAUGAUAACCGGAGAGGAAAAGGUAUACGCGAGCGGAGACGUGCUCGCGCUGAAUUGCACCAGUGGCAAGUCCCAUCCUGCCGCAAAACUCAGAUGGUUCGUUAAUGACCAGCAGGUGAAGCCCGAUUCGGAGCAACUGUUCGAACAGCACGGGCUGUACUCGACGAUAUCGAGUCUACUGCUCGAGCUGGAGCCGGGUCAUCUUGCCAGCGACAAGAUAAACGUUAGGUGCGAGGCGACGGUAGAAUCGGCUCACAAACUCGACAACCCGUUCGUCGAUAUUCGCACCACCGAGGUCUUUGUUCAAGGUCUCGCCACUCUGACAACACCAUCGCUAUGUCUGUUGAUGGCCGCAGUACUACAACGAUUUCUGCUACCCGUGUAGACCCUUUCGGCACAAUGAGGGCAUCAAGACGACCCGAGAGGAAACAGGGACAAAGCUGAUCACGGAGGAAACGAAAGGCGAGGAACGACCAACGUUUCGUGACGAAAGACAAUCAUAUCUUAAUACGAAGCGAAUUGCGACGAGAAAUCGGGAGAUUCGCGUCAGACUUGUUGAUCGUUAUCGCAACGGCGAACGGCCACGCGUUCUUGCGAUUUUUGCACGUCGCUGCGCCUUCUCGUUAGAUUGGAGAAAUCGAGUUAAAUAGGCAAAUCGAUCCGCUCGUCGUUGAUCUUAAGAGUACAUCCCCCCCAUCUUCCCGACACUCGUAAAAUCCUAGAUAGUCUAAUUAACUACGGAAGAAAAUACGCGAUAACCAAGUGGACAUCCACGAUGUUCCCUCACGUGCGAGGAAUCUCUUCCCUCUACGCUCGUUUAUUCUGUUAGGAUCGAUAUCUGCGUCGUUCCUCGUGAAAUAGAUUCAAAUCGGCCGCACUCAGGAGUUCAAACUCUCGAUAACGAGAAGAAACUUUUUGAACUUUCCAUCUUAACGAUAUAAGUUGGAAAAUGAACUAAUUCUGCAGCCGUAAAAUAAAUUUGAAUGAAAUUUUAUUAACAAAUUAUUACGGAUUCUACGGAAAUUGCCAAUUGGAACGUCACUUGAUAUUAUAACAUAAAACGAAACAUUGAUUUCUACCUUCUUCGGAAGUUUGAACCCCGUGAAUCUUUAUUUUUUUUAUGUAUCGCUUUGUUAAUAGUUUACAAAGAACGAAGUGAGAGGUGCAGUCAAUCGGAAUCAUCGGUGAGGAAUGAGAUUUUACACACAUCAGGAAGGUCAAAAGGAAGAAAAGUAAGUACCUAACCUCAAUACCGUACCAGAAAUAACACUCAGAGUUGAUCAAGAAUUUAAAAUCCGCAUCAAGAAAAUUUAACGAGCUAAAAAUGCACCUGGUUCAGAUAUGUAACGGCAUGUAUCGAUGCCCGCAAUUUUCCCGUUGAAAUAAUAGCAUGCAAAUCCUAUGUUCUGUAUUUUUGUUUUUCGAUCUUCUCGUUUAUAUUUGACUUGCUUAUAUUAUAUUUUUCAUAAAAAUAGUUUAAAAAUAAUCCGAAUGAAAGCACAGAAAUGACGAUGUAUACGGAAAAAAUGUCUCGGGGAAGUAGCUUUAAAUAAUUUCGUGCAUAAAGUAUUGCAAGUUUUAUUUCCCAUUUAAUCUUCCCGUGAUAUAAUGGCAUAAAAUUUUGCAAUCAGGAGAAAUUUAUUUGAAAGCGUCUAGAAUACGUUGUACCUUGAAGGGUUCGAAAACCUUCUGAGCGUGAUACCACUGUCAGUGAUAACGGGUGCAGCAGUUGUCGUCGGGAUGCAAUCGUUAUCGAUUAUAUACGUGCCGCGGCCGAGUGUAAAUAUAUACAACAUCUAGGUAGACACACGUUUUCAUCGAGCCCCGUCGUAAGCUUCCUUCAUUCUAAUUAUAACUUUUAAUUGAUACGUGUAAUUAAUAUAAUAAGCCAAGAAACUCGCGAAUCUCCAAUUGCACAAGCACUCUCCCUUUUUGCCGCGUAAUACAUUCUCACGCCGAAAAAUCCGCUAAAUGAAUAAGGUAAAAAAGAAGAACCUUUACCGCUAGGGUGAACAGUAAUCCCCUGAAAAGAAUUGCAUUUAUUAUCGCAGAAAAGAAUAUCGUUAUAAAAUCUUGAGAGAAUUUAUUCAUCGUUAUACAAGAUAUCUAUAGAUAACGCAUGCUUCAGUUCCCAUCAUUAUCGUUUUAUAUAUCCAUAAUUCAUAUAUAUCCAAAAAUUAUUAAAAUUUAAAUUAUAUUUAAAAUAGAAAAUUUAACAAUACUCCAUAGUUGAAGAAAUUGAAAAAAGAAAUAGAAUUGCGAAAAAGCAUUUAUAUUGCAGCUUAAUGUUUUAUUUAAAAAUAUUUCGGAAAACAUUUAAUUAUGUUAUAUUUAACUUUUAUUGAAAAGACAGAAAAUUAAUUUUCGAACACUGUAUACUAAUUAUAAUUUAUUUAUAAUUGUGCAAUAUUGGCUGAUCGAUCACGGAUAUGUAAUAUCAAUGAAUAUUCGUAAAUUCACAUGUCGAAAAUCACUGCCCUAUAAAAAGUUAAAGGAGUCCAUUGGCUUGCUGUUUGCCCUAGGCGUUUCGACACCUGCGAGAUAUCGUACAACGCAUAAAAUGCGUAACAAACAUCAGUGCUGCAGCGUGCCCGAAGUGUUUAUUUUUUUUUAUCGCGUAAACACACACACAUGUAUAUAAACAUAUAUGCACGAAACGGCAGCAGCCGCCAUCAACGAUCGCGAGCGAUCGGAAAAUAUGAUUCAUACGCGUAAGCCGAUUAAUUUACAAAGUUCAACGUACACAGGGCUGACGUAGAUAUUUAUACAGGACUCUCCGCGGAAAUGCGUUAUUUUUUCACCCGAGAUUAAUAGUUGUUACAUUUCCGCGUCCCACCCCGUGUUUUCACGUGUCUCGCUGGUACAGUCGUGCGUCGUAUCGCGAUCGACAGGUCGACGUAAAUAAAUAAAUGUUCACGUAAUAAAUAUAAUAGCUAGAUUUUCGGAGCACCGCGACCGGGACGCGGGCGUCGAUAAAACCCAUUAUACAUUCGAAGGACAUCGAAGUGGACUCACGCCCGAAACUAGGACGUUUAGUCUCCUCACGAGAACAUUAGAUGAGAGGAUAUUCGCGGACUACGAUUAAGAUACCGCUCAUUAAAGUUUAAUUAGAUGCGCUUCCGAGAGGACGAUUCGAUAAAAUAUUCAAUUGGAAUCCCGGAGGGUUGUGCGAGCGAUAUCGGUCUUUGCCUUCAUCGCGAAUACAAUCAUCUUCCAUAAUCCGCGGAAAAGCCGCUUGUAACUGUAUGCGAGGCGAUAUCUAAUAGGAAACCUUCGAAACACAUUUUCGCGUAUGAUUUGCAUUGUUAGCCUUAUUAUUGCAAUUUUGUUUUCAAAUUCCCAGUUUGUAUUGAGGAUUUCAUGACAGAUUCGGCGAUACCGGUGAUGAAGUGUACUGAAAUGUUACAAACGCGCAGAAAUGACGUUACGCUAUUCGCUCUUUGUCUCGCUUUUCCUCGAUGCGUUUAUCGACAACAGCAGCGCGUGCAACAAAUACAACCGUUAAGCUCUUCUAGUUCCGCGCUUCCCAUUUCGGAAUCGAUAACUUCCUAGAUAACAGUAGCAAGGUCUCGCGAUCAUGGGAUUGUUCGCAGGAUGCGCCGCGUUUAUACGAGGAGUCGCGUGAGGCUGUAAAGAGGAAUGGGAGCGUGCGCGGUCGUUCGUUUAUCGCAAAUUCAUGUUGGAAUUCCAGUAUUGCACUCCGUUUGUCGGCAAAUGUUAAAUCGAGCACGAGCGAGACGCGUUUCGGCGGGAUAAAUACAAUUUGCGGAGUGAAAAAAGAUUGUUCUAUACAUGAUUUUAGUGAGUUAUUAUAGCGCGCGUGUGGAGGGUUCUGCGUGAUCAGGGUGUCUCUUUGGCAUGCAAAAGACCCGCCGGAACUUAAAGGUGGGAGGUAAAGUUUCGCGUUGAGAAUUUAUCAUUAAUUCUUAGCAGCAUGCUGCGUCAUGGCUUAAGAAGGUAACACGUCAUCAUGACAGUACGAAGGUAUAUAUACCGUAUUAAUUACGUAUACGUAUAAUCGUACGUCACCGUACAUUCAUUUGCUCCGAUUCCUUUUUUCCUGCGGUUCGUAAUUACUGCCAGACAUGUAUUGGCGCAAAUAAGUGGCUAUUUAAAAGAAUUUCCGAUAUUUUAUAUGGACAAGCUUUUUGGUAUCCAAAUAAUGUGAAAAGCACUGGAUUUUCUUUCAAAUCAUUAAUACGGAUUAAAAGUUUAUAUAAAACAGGGGAUACGCAUAAAUAGAAAUGAUCGCUCCGAUCGUUCUGGUUUUACGUAAAUCAACAAAAUUUUCACAUAAUUAUUAUUAUAUCGUUUAUGUUUAUCGGAGCAGCACUUUUUAAAUAAUUAAUACAGUCGGACGUUUUAAUACCUCAUUCGGUACGAGAAAUUCCACUGCAGAUAGAGUGAUGCUUAAAUUCCGCAUUACAUCCACCAUCGUUAUUUUCGUGCUCCAAUUAUAUCUCACUUCGCCAUAUAGUUAAUAAACUUCGCCGGCAUGGUUAACCGCACUCGACGUACAAAAACUGUACAUAGCUGAUACGUCUUUUCUGAUUACGACAGGAGAGAACGCGAGGCCACUUUACAUUUACAUAUUCCGGCGAGCAGGCUUUAGCUUUUCGUUUGCUUUGAAGUGUCGUUGGGCGGCAGUAUGUUUUACGUCUUAUCGGGGACAUAUCUCCGAUAUUUACGGCGGCGUUGGCCGAGCAAAGAAUUGUACAUACCCUUGUAUAUAACUGCGCUGUAAUGUAUAAUAGUAUAAGGGUUACUCGAAGGGGUACUGAAGGACUUCGGCAUCUCGGAAGUCUCGUGUGUGAUUAAACGGAUGCGGGGAUGUCAAUCUCGCGUCCGCCAGGAAGAUAACGGAAGUAUUUAGCCACAUUGUGAAAGUGUUCAAAUGGCGUGUCUCGAGUAUCGCGGGACAUUGCCGCAGUACAGAUAAGGAAUAUACGCGAGAACGCGCUAACGCGACCGUAUCUUCGCUCGCGAGGCGAGACGUGUAGUUGUUAAAAGAAGAAAAAAAUAAAGACGAUGUACUCGGUGUUAGCUUUCAGUUGUAACGAGCUUCUGGAUCACACACAUACACACACACAUACACACGCAUACAUAUACACAUACACACAUACAGUAAAAACGCCGAUGCGAAAAUAAAUAUAUGUACCUCCGUACACACCUGUGUUUUUAAAGCGGUAAACGCGCGAGAGGUUCCUCGCCGUCACGACGACGAGGAAUCGAGCGCGCCGUUCCGCUCAUCGAGAUAUCAGGAACCUACGAGAAAGAUUACGUUCUUAUGUGUAUGGCCUAAUGUAUAUAUCUCGCGAAUUUAGUAAUAAAUCAUAUUUCAUUAUA